AUGCCUUCAGGGUGUUCCCCGUCACCACUCACCAACGAGGACUCGUUCUUGACAUUGACACUGUGGGUACAUACACAAUGUGUUAUGAAGCCCUCAAGUAUCUCAAAAGGGUGGACCAGGGAGAGGUCCUUCUUCUGUGGCCUCAUUAUUAACAUAAGCGCAACACUGCAAUACACUGCAGCUUGGUACCAAAUUCAUGUCUCUUCUAACAAGGCAGGUGUUGAUAGUAUCAUAAGAUUAUUGACUCUGGAAUGGGGAACAGAUUACGACAUUAGAGUAAAUGGAAUUGCACAUGGACCAAUUCAAGACACUCCAGGAAUGAGGAAACUUGCACCUGAAGAAAUGGGCAAGGGGAAACAAGAAACGAUGCCAUUAUUUAAGCUUGGGGAUAAAUGGGAGAUAGCAAUGGCCGCACUCUAUCUAGCUUCUGAUGCAGAUGUGCUACCUGACCUCGUGCACCCUUGUUUUGAUUUGUUGACAAAGCCUUUUAGCUCUAUUGUAGCCUUGCAUGUACUUAAUUUCAAUGACAUGGCAAGAUAUUUCUCUUCCAAUUCUUACCAUUUUUCUCCUCUUGAGCAACUUUGA